UUGACCUCCUUCUCCUCAUGACUCCUCCUCGAGCGCUCCGCUCGAGUUCUCCGUGUUUCAUACCGAAGUCAUACUUCACAUUCCAACUUUACUGUCAAAUCUGGAGAAAUAUUUCGUCAAAAACAUCGGCGUUGUUUGAAUUUGUAAAUGGACUCAUGAGAUAGUCCCUUAAAUCUCGUGUUGUUGCACACACAGCAGAGCAGAGGUUUGCUUUUAAGUAGUCUCGGGUGUGUGGGCUCACGUAGGGGCCCAGGUGGAGCCGCCACCAUUGCAGCCAACGAGUGGAGCGCCAGCGAGAGCCCGGAGGAGGGGCACGAGGAUGGAGUGGAUGGGAUGGACAAGGCCGGAAUGGACGGGGAUGCGGAGGGUGUUUGGAGCCCUGACAUCGAACAGAGCUUCCAGGAGGCUCUGGCCAUUUAUCCACCAUGCGGCCGCAGAAAAAUCAUCCUAUCAGAUGAAGGGAAGAUGUAUGGUCGCAAUGAGUUGAUAGCAAGAUACAUAAAGCUGCGGACCGGAAAAUCCCGAACACGAAAACAGGUGUCUAGCCAUCUGCAGGUUCUUGCGCGGAGAAAGUCUCGCGAGAUUCAGUCUAAGCUGAAGGCCAUGAACUUGGAUCAGGCCUCCAAAGACAAAGCCCUGCAGAACAUGGCCGCUCUAUCAUCUGCUCAGAUUGUUUCUGCAAGUGUGAUGAAGAGUCAGUUGCCUCCUCUUCCUCAGCACCCAUACCCUCCUCCACCCAGGUUUUGGCCUGGCCACAUCCCAGGACAGUCUGGACCUUCUCAGGACAUUAAACCCUUUGCACAGAGUCCAUACGCCAGCCUACAACCCCCACUACCUACACCUAUAUCAAGUUAUGAGCCCUUAACCAACCCCCUCCCUCCCACCCCAACAGCGAUGCCUGUAUGGCAGGAUCGGACCAUUGCCUCUUCUAAACUCCGCAUGCUGGAGUAUUCUGCCUUCAUGGAGGUCCAGAGAGACCCUGAAACUUAUAGCAAGCACCUGUUUGUCCACAUUGCCCAGACAAACCCCUCAUACACCGACCCCCUCCUGGAGGCAGUGGACAUCCGUCAGAUCUACGAUAAGUUUCCGGAGAAGAAGGGAGGGCUGAAGGAGCUGUAUGAGAAAGGCCCUCAGAAUGCCUUCUUUCUGGUCAAAUUCUGGGCUGAUCUGAACAGCAGCAAUAUUCAGGAUGGAGCUGGCUCGUUUUAUGGGGUCAGCAGUCAGUACAGCAGCGCUGAAAACAUGACCAUCACUGUGUCCACUAAAGUCUGCUCAUUUGGAAAGCAGGUGGUGGAGAAAGUUGAGACAGAAUAUGCUCGUGUGGAGGGUGGGAGGUACGUUUACCGGAUCCAUCGCUCCCCUAUGUGCGAAUACAUGAUCAACUUCAUCCAUAAACUCAAGCACCUACCAGAGAAAUAUAUGAUGAACAGCGUUCUGGAAAACUUCACUAUACUCCAGGUUGUUACAAACAGAGACACACAAGAGACUUUGUUGUGCAUUGCAUUUGUGUUCGAGGUGUCCACAAGCGACCACGGAGCACAGUAUCAUGUUUACAGACUCGUGAAGGACUGAACAACGCCGUGCCAAGUGUUUAAAUGACUACAGGCAAAAAAAUGAAACAAAUUUAGACAAAAACACAAACAAGGACAGAACCCAAACCAGGAUACUCUGCACUAGGUUGUAUUGUAUAUUUAGUUAAGUUCUUUAAAAGGAAAGAAAAUGUACUUUCAGGGAUAAUUCUGUUUCUUUCUUUGUAUUAAAUGUAUUGUGAGAUGAGAGUUAUUGAACGUGGGUUGGAUAACAACCCUUUUUAUGGUAAAAACGCUAAAGGCACAAAGGUCUUUUUAAAGCGAUUGUAUGCAAAUAGCAAAUGAAUGCUGGUCAAUACAAGUCCAUCUUUAAUCAGGAACUUUCCCAAUCUACUUUGAUCACAAUCUUCCAUUUUGACACACCAGCACACGCUACCUCUAACCUUUAACAGAUUAGGGGGCGGACAAUUUGACUGUCACAAAACUUAUAGGAAAGGAACGUUGAAUGUUUGUUACGAUGGUUAAGCGCAAGUUACAUAAGUGAAGCAUAUCAGGGUCAUGUUCAAUGUUACACACGUUUGAAAGCGUUGCUCUUUAUUUGGCUUGAAUUUCUGUUUUUUAAAAAGUGUGUGAGCUGUAAGUGUGUGAGCUGUUUCUACCUCCUGGCGUUACAUGCUUUUGGAGCAUUUUUAUUUUUUUGUUGAAACCUAAGGUCUCAAAAAUAAGUACAACUGCCAAUGCAAUGUUGGUUAUUGUGAAAAACACUGCAUAUGCAUGGUGAUAGCCCUCAUUUUGAGUGCCUUGUUAUAUUCGCGGCCUACCUUCAAUAUAUCUGUGAGUUACUACAGUAUUCUGUAAUCAAGUAUCAUUGUUUAAAGCAAGACAGAACAACCCUGCUAUUGGUUAAAUGGGUCACAUGACAAAUCUCAACAGGCACUGUCAGAAAAAAUGGUUUAAAAUGUUCUCAAGCUGUCGCUGGGACAGUACCCUUUAAAAAGGUCCUAUGGACUUCCAGAGCGUGUGCUUUAACCUAUUUAGGAUGCUGGUCAAUCAGACAUCAAAAUACAUAAAUUUACAAAUUUAA